AUGAACUCAGCUGCCCAUCCUCCGAGAAGGGUUGAAGAGCAGCAGUUAACAAUGGAAGACGAAGAGCCAGGGACAGCCUUCCCACCUGGAGCAUCUCCUGCUAAAGUGGAUCAAGAACUCAUUGCGCUACUAGUAAAAGAAACAGAAGCAAGGUUUCCAGAUGUAGCAAAUGGAUAUGUUGAAGAAAUAAUUCACUUGAAGAAUCAUUACGAUUUAAAUGAACUUUGUAAUUUUCUUCUGGAAAAUUCAGAUUAUCCAAAGAGAGAAGAUGGAGUCAAGGUGAACCCCAUCAGCAGCCUGUUUGCCAGCCAAGAUGAGACACAACCCCACGCAGUGGACUUCUUUGACUAUUCCCAAUUGGCUCCUCUGGACGAACCCUGCUUCCUUCAAGCUGCUGACCUCCUGAUGACCGACUUCAGGAUGAUCAGCUGCCAGGACAUCAAGUGGGCCCUGCGCAAGUUCAAGGGACACUAUGCAAUCACUCGCAAGGCCUUUUCUGAUGCCAUUAAAAAACAGCAGGAACCAGCACCAAAAGCCAGCGGGAAAAGGAAAAAGAAAAGAAAUACGAGCCCAUUUUCUUACAUGGACUUCAAGUUUGAACAAGGUGACAUCAAAAUAGAAAAGAAGAUGCUCUUUCUGGAAAACAAGCGGCGAGACUUUAGGUCCUAUGACCGGCAGGCUCUGCUUCCGGCCGUGCGGCGGGAGCAGGAGUUCUAUGAGCAGAAGGUCAAAGAGAUGGCAGAGCAUGAAGAUUUUCUGCUGGCCCUGCAGAUGAAUGAAGAACAGUAUAAAAAAGACAGCCAGCUGAUAGAGUGCCGCUGCUGCUACGGGCAAUUUCCAUUUGAAGAGCUGACCCAGUGCAUGGAUGCUCACUUGUUCUGCAAAGAGUGUCUCGUUAGAUACGCCCAAGAGGCAGUCUUCGGGGCUGGAAAGUCGGAGCUCAGCUGCAUGGAAGGCAGCUGCACGUGUUUGUUCCCGACCAAUGAACUGGAGAAGGUGCUUCCGCAGACCAUCCUGUCCAAGUACUACGAACGGUUAGCCGAGGAGGAGGUCGCGGCAGCCUUUGCCAGCGAGCUGGUCAGGUGUCCCUCCUGUAAUUUCCGUGCUGUGCUGGACAAUGACGUGAGGAAAUUCAGUUGUCCUAACCCACACUGCCGAAAGGAAACCUGUCGAAACUGCCGGGCGCUCUGGAAAGUACAUGAUGGUCUCACCUGUGAAGAGCUGGCUGGGAAGGAUGAUACCAAGUUCCGAACCUUCAUUGAAGAGAAAAUGGCUGCUGCCUGCAUUAGAAAAUGCCACAGGUGUGGGACUGGCCUCAUCAAAUCUGAGGGCUGCAACCACAUGUCCUGCCGCUGUGGUGCCCUGAUGUGCUACCUCUGCCGAGAGCCCAUCAGUGGGUACGACCACUUCUGCCAGCACCCACGCAAGCCGGGAGCCCCUUGCCAACAGUGUUCCAGGUGCUCCCUCUGGACUGACCCCACGGAAGAAGAUGAGAAGGCAAUUGAGGAAAUCCGGAAGGAGGCCGAGGAGGAACAGAAAAAGAGGAAUGGAGAAAACACAUUCAAACGUAUCGGCCCCCCGCUGGAGAAGCGCCCUGUGAAGGUGUCGAGACAGGACGCCUUGCCCAGGCCUCUGGUGCGGAUCCUGCACCCGCCACAGAUGCCACACUACAGACGGCCACACUUCCCGCAGCAGCCCUUCUUACAGCCGCUCUUUUGGCCCAUGCCCAACAACUUUCUACUGAACACAAGACCCAUCGCAGUCCCCUUCGUGCCCCCUACGCCGAAUAGGAGGGUCAACUAUAACUUCGGCCCCAUUAACUUGGCCCUGGAGUACCCCCAACACAUGCACUUUCGUCACUGGAAUUACUUCUGA